GGGCCGCGGAGCCGCCGGUGAGUACCCAGCCCGCGCAGCGAACCCGGCCACCGCUCCCCCAAGCCGAGGGACCCUCCACCGCCGCCCCAGUCCGUAGCCAGCCGUGGCGUUGCCUCCCCGCGCCUCGAGGACCCGGCGGCGGCUUUUGGCGAGGCGGGAAGCGGAGGCAACUUUCCUGGCUUGGCCCGGCGGGCUCGGGCUCUAUUUAUAGCGCCUGGAAGUGACGGCAGAGCUGCCCGACCGGCUGCAGCCGCCGUGUUACCGGGCGGAUUGUGAGGCUUUGCCUUGCUGCGGGGGUAGCAGACCAGACCAGACGGCGCUGCGGGUCCAGAGGGCGGCUAGCCCCUUCCCAGCCGGGCGGAUUCCCGAUCCCUUCGCCUCCCCGGCUGGAGCGGGCUAACUCGGCCGUUCCCCGCGGGCGGGCGCCUGCCAGCCGCGGGGCUUUGUUUGUAAACAGUGGGGACGCUGCGAGCCCUUCCCAAGGUCCUGUGGGGCAGGCCGGGGCGGCUGGGGCCGGAGGUCGCUUGGCCGGAUCGCAGAGCCCUGACGGAUCAGGAUCCCCCCCCACCUUGCAUGCAAAGCCCUGUGAAAUCUCCCCCUCCCCCAGCUGCUGCUGCACAACCGUGCCCAGGGCUGAGGCGCGGGCGGGCUGAAGGGACUUGGUCUCUGUUCCCUUCUUCGCUGCUGCGGCUUUUAUGAAAAGUUACAUUGUCCUGUAAGCCUCGUAGAUACUGUUGCAAACGAAAAGCAGCACCAUUUUUGCACAGGUAACUUUGCGCGCUGAUACUGAGGCUGAAAACUCAUUUGCAAAACGAGCUUGAAAUGGGAACAGAAGAAUAAUCGCUUACUAUUUAAAACUUUCCAGGGGGGAAAGCAAGAUCGAUCUGUGGAGCUAACUUUCAGCUUAAUUGUGUUUAUUUUAAUUUAUCUGUACACUGGCUACUAAAAAUCAGGAAUGAGAUUUAAUAAUUGUCGAUACGAUGUAUUGCAGUGUGUUUUGCUUGAGCUGAAAACAUGAAAACGUAUCUGGUUAAAUUGACUUUCCUGCGUUCCUUUUUUAAAAAGGAAGUGUACUCGAAUCGCAGAUUGUGCAUUUAAAACAAAAAACGCUGUCGGGCUUGUUGGUGCCAGACAAAACGUUAAUUUUCCCCCUUCCCGCAUUUUUGUGUUGAAUGGAUUAGAAGAGAGGCCCCUUAAAUAGUCAGGAGCCUUGAGUUAACUAUUUUCUACUUUAUUUUAUUUUUGUCAUUACAAUUCCUGGUGUGAGUCUUGAAUUGAGCUUACUAAGAGUGGUGGGAAAACUGCCUAGACAGUCAUUCAACUGAACUAACUACUAAGUUGUCAAGAAACUGAUAUAUUUUGCUUGACUUAUUAUAUCUGACUUAGCUAUGAAUUUCUUAAGGACUGGGAAUUUUAGUCUGUAUUUGCCUUGUUGCUGAGUUAGGUGCCAAACUUAAAUACAUUUCAAAUAAGGAAUAGGUUUGAUAAGUCUCUUUUUUUUAAAGCAUGAAAGAGGAGUCAGUGGUCUACACACAACUCUCUAAGGUAACCUCUCCAAAAAAUAAGCUGUUAGGAAUGACAAUGAGAAAUGUUACGAAGAUGGCAUGUUUAUUAAAUGUUAAAAGCUUUGAAUAGCUAGCUACAGGUCAGGUGCUACCCUUCUGAAACAAGAUUGACUAAAAUGUUCAGUUACAUGGAUCUGAAAUUCCAGUACUAAUGUCGGUUACCUGGUAGAUAAUAGUACUGUCCUUAGACUGCAUCUGCUUUAACAUGCUUCCUCUCAUUGUUUGUUUACACAUCCGGGAGCAUGGUUGGGGACUGCCCAUUUCAUUAGGAUUGGCUGAUACUUGGCUACCAAAUUUGGACAUCCCAUCCAGUGAUGUCAUGCUGCCAAAUGGCAGCAGAACUGAAAUUACUUGAUGAAAUCUAUGAAUUGUUGUGACUGUUUCUCUUGUGGCAUCUGUGUGGAAAGUGCCACACACACUCCAGAACAACAACGGCUUUUGCUUGCAUUUUCCAGUGUUUUUUUUGUCAGCAAGUUCAGCAAAGUUGUAAUUCUUCAAGUGCCAGCCCUGAGCUGAGUGAGGAGCCACCAGCAGAGAUGGUAAAAAUGACAAAAUCAAAAACGUUCCAGGCUUACCUGCCAAACUGUCACCGAACCUACAGCUGUAUCCACUGCAGAGCCCACCUAGCCAAUCAUGAUGAAUUGAUUUCCAAGGCAAGUGAUUUGUUUAGAGACUUCAUGUGGGGUUUUUUAACCAAAAUUGUUGUCAGUACUUCCAAUACAUAAGUGGUAUAAAUCUGAUGCAUACUUCAAAGUAUCUUCCCAAGAGCUCCAUUCUUGGGUCAUAGGUGCAUUAUACUGAGGAAUGGAUGUUUUCUGGAAACUUUGUGUAAAGCCCCAUCUUCAUAACCCCCCACGAAUAACAGUUAACCUGAUGCUACAACAGAGGUUAUGUGACUUAGGAGUGCAUCUCAUACCUAAUUCUGCAUUCAAAGAGCUUCACUUGCAGUCUUUUCAGGGAAGCCAGGGAAGAGCCUACCUCUUUAAUUCUGUGGUAAAUGUGGGCUGUGGUCCAGCAGAGGAGAGAGUUCUUUUGACAGGUUUACAUGCUGUAGCAGAUAUCUAUUGUGAAAACUGUAAAACCACUCUUGGAUGGAAAUAUGAACAUGCUUUUGAGAGCAGUCAGAAAUACAAAGAAGGAAAAUUUAUCAUUGAACUUGCCCAUAUGAUCAAAGACAAUGGUUGGGAGUAAAUUAAAAGCAUUUUUCACUCUGUUUGGACAAUAUUCUGUGGAACAUGCUUUAUACAGACUAAUGCAAAUGAAAGGAGGAUUUUGGCUGAGGUGUCUCUGAGAAUAUCACUGAACUUUGCAACCUCACAAAUGAAUAGUGUAGUUCAUGUGGCUAUUUCAGGCCAUGUUUGCCUUUUUCUCCUUGUGUAAAUUCCCUUUUUGUAUACGUAUUCUUGUGUGAACAGUUGUUUUGGAACAUUUUGGAUGACCUUUUUCUAAACUCUCAAGUUCUAGAGAAAUAGUUCACUAACUGCAAAUUAAUUUUACUGGUUAACAUCUUUAUUUGACCUAUGCCUAUAAUGCUACCUUGGCUGUGCAUGCUUCUUGCCUAAACACCUACACCAAAUCUAGCAGAAGACUGAUAUGAAUAGUCCUGAAGAAUGUAUGGGCUGGGGAUGUCUUUUUAUAUGUAGCAAUUUCUGAUAUCUCUGGCAGUAAAAGGGAUGCAGUAUUAGAGUAUUCAUUAAUUGCUUUUUAAAAUUUGGGAGUACCAUAAUCUGUGUACAUCUUGCAGGCAAGUAAAUUAAAGAUACAGUGCUCAUUUAGAAAUCUUUCGGUUGCACUGACUCAAUUUAGUAGAUCUUAAGUUUUGCAAAAAAAGAAUACGUUAAUGGUUCAAUAUUUUUAGUGCAACUAAUUUACAAGGAUACUAAGGCAGUGAUACUGUAGAAUAUAUUUAAUCAACAUAAUUGCAUUACUUAUCCAGCAAACUUGUCUUGAAGGGAGAAGUAGAUAAAAUUACAGCCUGCAAGAUCAAAGGGCACAAAAAUAUAUGCAUCUUGUAUUUAUAAAAAAUUAGUCAGUGUAAACAAGUUUUUGGUACUGCACCUUUUAACAGUAACAGGGACUUGUGCAUCUGUGAAGUUUUAUGGCUGGUUCCAUGUAGCUGUGUAGUCUAAUGCACUGGACAAAGAGGUUGUUAUUAAGAAAAUUCAUUGAAAUAUUCUGCUUUUGCUACACUUUAACAAAAAUAUAGUUAUUUUUUGUGCGACAAGAGGCCAGGGCUUAUGAGAUGGAAGUUAUAACAGUACCUCCAGAAGAGAGGGGGUUGGUGGAUGGGCAGGAAAGUGUGAAGUUGACUUCAUUUCUUCAUAGAAUAGCAAGAUAAUUUUUACAAUUAAAAAAAUAAAAAGGGGUUUGUUGGUUUGCUGGAUAAAUCAUCCCCAAAGACAUUUUCAUAAUAAAAUUUAUAUAAAGCUUGCAUCCUUUCUGUUUUUUGUUUUUUUUUUUCCAGCUGCUUCUUAACUGGAGUGACUUAGUAAUGAAAGCCUUCUGUAGAUGUGUAGCCACAAAAUUUACUAUUGGGUUUUGUGCAUGCACUUUCAGAGAAAUUUAAAAAAAUUAAUCUUGUGUCUUUUAUUCAUUGCUAAUUUUGUUAUCAAAUGAAAAGUAUUUGUGGAGGACCUUUUGUACUUAGCUCCCUUAAUGCUUGAGGACAAAAUGGUUGGCAGCAUCUUUUUCAUUAACACUACAUAAGUACUAUGAUGGAAUGAACAAUAUGAAAGCCUUACAAUAGAAUAGAGGUUAGUUUCCUUUUAAUAACUAUUUUAAUAUGGCAUUUGUAAGUUUGCAAUGUGUGCCAUUGCUGCUGCUGUUACAUUUUGGGUAAAUCUCUGACAGGCUUUCAAAGCUCUACUGCACUUUAUUACCAGACAUCAUUCAUUUACAAGCAUGCCAAUGACUAGGAGCGAUACAGAAGCUGUCCAUCAGGAGCUGUGAUAAUGAACCUACAGAAGUUAAAUUUUAAAAAGUAGAAACAGUAAAAACCCUUGGGCUUAAGUCCAAAGAACUGGUCUAGUGCAACUGAGUUCAAUAUGGAUUUUGUGGGGUGGCUUAUACUGCUCCUCCAUAAUCAAGAAUUAGAUUGGACCCAGGAGUCCCCUUUAUCUGAAUGUCAUUGGCACAAGAUGGUCAUCUGGUGCUGCCAUCUGUUCAAUCUGAAAGAACCUGGAAUUCUGUUUUGUUUGGGCUAUUUUUCAAUUUUCCUCUAGUAUAAUGUCCAUUGCCAACAAUGAAAGCACCAAAACAGCCAUCAACAAGGGGUUUGUGUUGGCUUCAAAGCCUAAAUAUAACACCCAUGGAGAUGUCUAUAGAAAAUUUAUAUUUUCUUUGUCUGGCUACAGACUCAAGAAGAAUUACACUGAGUUGAAGGAAAAAACACCACGACCCUUCACUAUAAAAAUGAGUACAAAUUUAAGGUUAAUGUUUUCUUUUUACAAGAGAGAACAAUCUGUAGUAAUAUUUUAAAUAGUGGAUUUGGAUGUUUCCUAUCAAUGAGCUUUUUUUU